GUCAGUCUCCUAAGUGGGAAAACGAAUCUUACCGUGGGUGUGUCCUAACAGCUGAGCUGUGUAUAAAAAUUCUGAGUUCUCAGCACCCUCACACUCAGCACCCUCACCAUUGAAAAGCAUUUGUUAAUCCUGAUAGAAUUAUACAAGCUUGUCCUGAUGGAUAUCACGGUCAAAAUGCUAAAUGGGAAUUCUGUCAAGCUGACGGUGAACCCCGGGGACACUGUGGCUUCCUUGAAGCGCCUCAUUCAGAGACAUUUGAAUGUCGCCCCGCAGUGCCAGAAGCUCACCAUCAGCAACGGGCAGGUCAGAAUCCUCCAAGAUAACUCCAGACCACUGAGUUAUUAUGGAUUAGCGCCUGGCUCAAAUGUGUCCCUUCUGGUGGUCGAACCAACAACUGUCCAAGUAUUUCUGAAGAACGAAAAGGGUCUGACCAGCACCUAUGACAUCGACCCGGAUGAGACCGUGCAAAGCUUCAAAAGUAAAGUGUUCUCCAGAGAGAAGGUCCCUGUGGACCAGCAGAGGCUCAUCUACGAGGGCAAAGAAAUGAUGAACGGCAGACUUACAGACUACGGCGUCGAAGCACUUGGGACCAUAUACCUGACUCUGCGCCUGCGAGGAGGUUAAGGACUCUCCCCACUUAUUUAGAAUGAUUUUAUUUAACCUCUCAUUGAUAAUUUAUAAUAUUUCACUUGUUCCUGAUUCAUUUAUUGUAGAUUCAUUUUGCUAUAUAGCUACAUUUGUGACUAUAAUCUGUGUUUAUUCUCUUUGACUAAAUAAAGUUAUUAUAUGUAAGAA